CCAACACGUGUUUUUGUUUACAUUUUCCUCGACUGAACGCGGAUUUCGUGAAAAGUCCUUAAAACGCGAUAAAAUGUCAGAAGAAAACAUAAAGCUAGGCGAUUAUAUUGUGAUACAGCGGCAAAAGUACACAAAAUUGUACAAAUUCACUGGGAAAACCGCAGUGGCAGUUCUGGGGAAGCAGAAAAUCGACCUGUCCAGCAUCGAUGGACUGCCCUAUUUCUCUACAUUCCGGAUGGUGCCCCAGAGCGACAGCAGCAAAGUGUUCAAGUUGGAACUGUGUACGAAUCCCCAUGACAUCAAGGACACCAUUGCCAUCGACAAGAGUGGAAAAGACAAUCGCGACAUCAACGAUGACGGUCGAUCUCAGGCGCUGACGGAGGAUGAGAUCAAGAAUCUGCGGGAGACUUGCGAGACAUCCACGGAAAUUGUGGAGCAACUCGUGGACAACUCGAAGACUUUCGCGUCAAAGACGGAAUACGCCCAAGAGAAGUACCUGAGGCGAAAGGAGAAGAAGUACUACGAGUAUUUGCAGAUCAGAAAGCCAUCGAUAAGGCUGAUCUUCGACAUCUACUUCCGACAGGAUCCGGAGAAGCUGAUGGGCAUGCGAAUGGACACUCUGUCGCAGAUCAUCACGCACUCUGGUAUCUGCAGUGCUGGCAAGCACAUGGUGUACGAAUCGGGGACGAAUGGAAUCGUCUUAGCGGCAUUUCUCAACUCUUCCGGAGACGCUGGAGACUCUCACAUCGUCUAUGUGCACCAGGGAAAUGUGCCGCACAAGCAGGCAGUGCUGGCGAUGAAUUUCCCAGAGUCGUACAAUGAGAAAUUCACGCCAGUCAACAUUUACUCAGUAUUGAGACACUUUUACCAGAAAGACUGCGUCCAGGAAGGGAUUCAGGAGGAAGAUGCAGAGCCCGAGGCGAAGAAGGUGAAGAUGGACGAUGAGGAGAAGAAGAAGUGGGAGCUGGAGAAUGCCAGAGCGUGCGCAAUCAUGCGCGAUAAGGUGGACUCACUGGUGAUCGUGGCCAGAGAGCAUCCCAGUGCGAUCUUCAAGGAACUCGUGCAGUUUGUGCGCCCCGGAAGACCCUUCGUCAUCUACAGUCCCUAUCAGGAGGUCCUGGCGGAGUGUUUUGGUGACUUGAAGGCCUCACAGCCCGUGCUGAAUGUGCGUCUCUACUCCACCUUCCUCCGCACCUAUCAAGUUCUGGCCGACAGAACACAUCCGGAUGUGAGCAUGAGCGGCAAUUCGGGCUUCACGCUCUGCGGUUACGUCGUGAAGAAGGAAUGCAGCGAAUAAAUUCACUCGA